AUGAAUUCAAAUGAGGAGAAUCUUACGGUCAGGGAGAGGUUUAGACAUGAAGUCAACCGAUUCAUGCAAAUAGAACGUGCAGAUCUGAGACAAGACCUGGAAGAUUAUCAGAAGUUAGUUGCUUCUAAUUUGCGGGGGUUCAUGUUCAUCCAGAAUAUUGUUGACAGUUUGUCUUUGUUCAGCAGUAAUGAAGAGCUCAAGGAGAUUAAUACCUCAUACCUACCAUUUAUUGCAAUUUCCUUCUAUGAAUCUUGUUUGACAAUGAAACUACUUGCUGAUCUUAGUAAUGGAGGGUUUCUGUAUGAGAAAAACGACAUGCUUCAAUUCAAAGCAAAAAACUUGGAAAAUGCUAAACUCAUGCUGGCUAAAUUUUUGCAAGAUUUAGAGAGCUUCGGAAGUAUUCUAUCUAAGAAACAAUCUAUUAUACUCAACACAUUCCAGAAUACUGCCGACCCUUCUGUCGAGGAGAUUUCUGGACUUCUGAGAAAUCCAGUUUCAAGGAGAGCAGAGAAAAUUGCAAACUUUAAAGUUGAACGAGAACUUCGUCAGAGGCUCGAAUUAUUGGACGAAUAUUAUCUAAAAAGUGAAGAAGAUGUCGAGGAAGAAGACCUCUUCAAGUCAUUAGAUGAGGAGGUCGUGAGAACUAUCUUCGUCGAUCAGCUCAAAUAUUUCGCCUUGAAAGCUUUUGAAAACUUGGAGCUGAUAGCGCUAGAAAUGCAAGUCCUCGGUAAUAGACCACUUUUUGAAAGGCAAAAAUUACAGAGGGAUCGCGUACCUAAGGAAGAUGAGUCGAAUGACUUGGGUUAUACGACGAGGUUGGAGACUAAUCCGAAUAGACCAAAGAGAAUUUCGGAUAUUCUAACUAAACAAGGAAAGAUUCUUCAACCUUUCACAAUUACUAACAACAAGCAAGAACUCAGGAGGCAAGUUUUUGGAACGGGCCAAGUUUUACCAUCAAUGACAGUGGAAGAGUAUUUAGAUUACGAACUUUCUCACGGAAAGAUGCUCAAGGGAGAAAGCUCUCAACAAGUUUACACCAGUGAUGAUGACGACAGCGAUGCAGAGCUUGAGAAGAGGAAUUGGGACGACUGGAAGGACGACAAUCCCAAAGGCAGCGGAAAUAUUAAGGGAAACAUUGGAUGA